CAUCACUUUCCAGAAGCUCGAUCCGGAAAACUACAUCAUGGCAUUGUUUACGAAGGCCCUCUAGUCAACAGGCUUGAAUUGGUUUGGUUAAAAGGGCUGAUGUUCGUAGCCCGGCGAAAUUCCUUGAAGGCUUGAACUGAUUCAAUUUUACUUGGUUCGUUAAUUUUAAAAAGAGCUUUACUAUGGCGUCAUGUUUGUUGAGAGUAGCCUUGCUACUGUUCACAUUUUUUUGUAGGAAUUCUCUGGGCCAAAUAGACAGCACAGCCGUACCCCCGGACACCACCAUUGACCCAUCAGUCCCUACAACAGAUCCGUUAGAUACUACAACAGCUCCACAAGACACAACAACAGCUCCACCAGUAACUACAACAGCUUCACCAGACACCACAACGGCUCCACCAGUAACUACAACAGCUUCACCAGACACCACAACAGCUCAACCAGUAACUACAACAGCUCCACAAGACACAACAACAGCUCCACCAGUAACUACAACAGCUUCACCAGACACCACAACGGCUCCACCAGUAACUACAACAGCUUCACCAGACACCACAACAGCUCAACCAGUAACUACAACAGCUCCACAAGACACAACAACAGCUCCACCAGUAACUACAACAGCUUCACCAGACACCACAACAGCUCCACCAGUAACUACAACAGCUUCACCAGACACCACAACGGCUCCACCAGUAACUACAACAGCUUCACCAGACACCACAACAGCUCAACCAGUAACUACAACAGCUCCACAAGACACAACAACAGCUCCACCAGUAACUACAACAGCUUCACCAGACACCACAACGGCUCCACCAGUUACCACAACCGUUCCACCAGGUACUUCAUCUGCUCCGCGAGAUACCACUACAGCUGCAUCUAGUACAACAACUGCUUCACCAGAUGCUUCAACAGUUUUACCAGAUGCUACGACUGCGAUACCAGAUACAACGACAACUCCAUCGAGUACCACAACACUUCCACAAGAUACUUCAACGACACCUCAAGGAACAACACCAGCUCCUCCUGGUACGACGACAAAUGUUCUCCCAGGCACCACAACAGCAGCAACAGAGCCACCGAAUACAACAGCAUCUCCAUCUACAACCACUAGCGGCCCAGAUUUAACUACAGGUCCACCAACAACAGGUUCAUUGGACACCACAACAGGCCCACCAGUUACAUCAACAAGUCCUCCAGUUACGACGGCUGCGCCUUUUUGUUUGUCCAAUCGCGAACCCGCUACUCAGGAGGAAAUAGCAAACUCAGUUUCACUGGUUAUUCCAAAUAUAACUAUUCCUGAGUGGUGUGCACUGGAAGCGAACUUUUCUCAACUAAUUGCUGAAACAGUCUCAAGUUCCUGCGCCACUCCAGGAGUCUGCCCUUUCUCACCAUCGGAAGUAGAAGUUGUAAUACAGGAAGGUUUUCCGAGAGUCAACAGUCCUCUGGAGCUCAGGUUCUUCAUUCGUCUGAGAAGCGAAAAUAACACAAAUGUUACCCUGGGAAGUGAACAACUGAACAAUAUAUUGGACACUGUUUUACAAAACUUAACCGACACGUUGGAAGUAGAAUUUACAGUGUCAACAAUUAGCCCUCCAUUAACAGCGACUGGUCGUCCGGAAACAACAACAGCGCCACCAGAAACUACUGCAGGUCCGCUAGACACUACAAAUCCGCCGGACACCACAACAGCUCCACCAGGCACUACGACAACUCCACUAGGUACCACCGCAGGUCCUCCAGACACCAAUACAGCUCCACCAGGCACUACGACAGGUCUCCCAGGCACCACCACAGGUCCACCAGAAACUACAACGGCUCCACCUGACACUACAACAGGUCCGCCAGACAUUACAACAAAUCCAUCAGGUACCACUGUAGGUCCGCCAGACACUACAACAGGUCCCCCAGACACAACAACUCCACCAGUUACAACAACGGGUGUACCAGAUACUACGACACCGCCGUCUUGUUUAUUAAAUCGCGAACCCGCAACAACUGAGCAGUUAACGAACGCAUUCUCAAUCAUAGUUCCAAACUUCACUAUUCCGCAGUGGUGUGCAAUUGAGGACAACUUCACGAAAUCACUUGCCGAGGAAGUGUUCCGUUAUUGUGCCUCUUCAGGAUUGUGUCCUAUCAAGUGA